AUGUCGCCUUAUGACGGUCUUUCGGAUACUUCCUCCGAGGAAGACGCGCAGGUGCUGAUCUGCCCUCCUAAUGCGGCGCCCCUACAAGGCCCGCACCUCGACGACACGGACCGUUGGGCAGAGGAUGAGUCGUCAGAGGACGAGUACGCCCACAUCAUCCUCACCGGUCCCCUCAACUUUAUAAAGUGGGAACGGGCGCUCGACCGGCGGCUCAGCGGAGACUAUGACGACCACGGAGACCUCUGGCGGCAUGUCACGGAGGACUAUGCCAAACUUCGGGAAGAAGUGGAUCAGCAGUUCCCCUCGGGCUACAGUUUUGCGGCAUACGACGUGGACCGGCGGCGGCGGAUGCGGGGCGCACUCUUCUGGGCGCGCAAGAACGCCUUCAAAGAGGUGUACGACUCGCUCUCGCCGGACGUCCAGGCCAGGCUGCCGUCAUACAUGCGUCCGAACCGCCGGACGUAUACGAGCAGGGACGACGGACCGGAUCCGAAACAGCUUUACGUCUAUCUCAAAAAGACGUACGGUCCCCGGUCGCACUUGGCGCCCAUGGCGGAGAUGUUUGCGGAGAUAUGGGAGACCAAGGUGCAGGAAGGGGAAGAUCCGAGACGGAAGCUGCUGGAGCUGGAUGGGAAGAUCAUGUCGUUGCGGUACGAGAUGGGGUCGAUGACCGUCGCCCAGUUCUUCGAUACCAUCGAAUUCCACGCGGUCGCAAGGGCGCUCCCUCCCUCGUACUCCGGCAUGGUCCGGGAUCACGUCCGGGAUCCGACUAGCACCAUCAGGGGGUUUAUCUAUGAUGUAACGGACGAGUAUGAUCGGAGGGAGAAGGGGAGAGCAAAAGGAGAUCCGGAUGCCGAGGCUCAGGGUAGGCCGAUCAGAAGCGGCAGAAUGGGCGGCUGGCGGGCGCGGGCGGAACAGCGGGCGCAGGAAAUGGCCGACGCGUCAGACGAAUACGAUGAUGACCAGUACAAUGACGAUGGCGAGGAGGGCGAGGAUGAGGAUGAUGAGGACGAGGAUAUGGCGGACGAACUGGGGACCGAGGAAGAUGAAGAAGAUGAGGACGAUGGGAAAGCCAAGGAGGAUGAAAAGGAUGAGGAUGAUGGGGGCGGGCUCGACAAGACUCAGGAUGACGUGGAUGGUCUCGACGAGGCGCAGGAGGAGCAGGAUGUCGACAUCAAGCUGGAGCAGACAUCGGCGGGAACAUCGGCGCCAGCCACACCGGUGAAGCUGGAAGAUUCCUCCCCCCAACCGGCGGCGGCGGCGGCGACGGUAGCGGGUCCUUCGGACGUCGGAGAGGCGGCCCCGCCAUCGGUGCCAGCAACUACGGCGGAAGAGACGGCUAUAUCGGUGGCACCGCGCCCGGGAAAGUGGUGUCAGUACCACAAGUCAAAAACCGCACGAUACCGUCGACUGCCGGAACAAGGGUCGGAAGAGGCGGACCGCUCGACCCCGGCAGACUAUCCAGGUGAUCGUGGUGGAUCUUGCGGGGGCUUCUCUGGGGCUGAGGAAAUGAGAGUCAGGCGGAUAAGGUAG